AGAGAAGGCACAGGAUGGAAAACUCAUGAUGAAUUGUUAGGGCAUGUUGAGUUGGUUCUGUCAAUGCCUGCAGUCAGAUGAUUUCACUGGCUGUACAAGAUCAAAUCUCAUAUUUCAAUGUAUAAGUAAAAGUGUCAAAGUUCAGCCGAAGCAGGGACGAAUACAGAGCAAAUUUUGUGUGUAUUUGUAACUAGGGCACCAGAGCAAUAGAGGAAGCCAAAAUGAGCCGGAAAAGCAAAAGCAGUUUAAAGGAGAAAUUUGCCUUGAAGAACAGCUUGAUUAAAGAAGCUCUUUCAGAAUUCCUGGGAACUUUUAUAUUGAUACAGCGUGGUUACUGCCUGACAAACAUUGUACAGCCUUCAAUGAAUUGCUUCUAUUUAUGGCACUUGGAUGUGGGUGUGUGGGACAGGCUGUCCUUAGCCGAGGAGCCCAUGGUGGGCCCAUGACAGUAUCGGUUGGAUUUGCAAUGGCAGUCACCAUAGCAGUGUAUGUGUCUGGGGGCGUUUCUGGUGGUCACAUAAACCCAGCCGUUUCAUUAGCCAUGUGCGUGACUGGAAGAUUAAAAUGGACCAAAUUACCAAUUUACAUAUUAGCACAACUCCUAGGAGCAUUUGUUGGAGCAGCAGCUGUCUUUGGGAUUUAUUAUGAUGCCUUUAUGGAGUAUAGCAAUGGAACACUUGAAGUCACAGGACCUAAUGCAACAGCACAUAUCUUUGCAACAUAUCCAGCUCCGUAUCUGUCCCUCAUAAAUGGAUUUGCAGAUCAGGUGAUGUCAACAGCAGUUCUUCUUCUGGCUAUAUUUGCUAUUUUUGACACCAGAAAUAACAGCGUACCAAAGGGCUUGGAGCCAAUUGCAGUAGGACUUCUUAUAAUUGUUCUUACUUGCUCUUUGGGAAUGAACAGUGGCUGUGCCAUGAACCCGGCCAGAGAUCUAGGCCCAAGGCUCUUCACAGCUGUUGCAGGAUGGGGGAUGGAAGUAUUCACGUAA